AGAACUGAUUCCCACUUUUUCCCUUCAAAAAAGAAUCAAAACCCCACCUUUUUUUUUUUUAACUUAAUUUUAUAUUUCCUUCCCUCUCUCUCCUCAUCCUUUACAUAAGAAGCCUUUUGCUUCUGUGUUUUUAAGCCUUGUGGAGUUCCACUCACUCCCCCUACUUCUUUUCUUUUUCUUUUUCUUUUCCUUUUAUUUUUCGAAUCUUCAGUUACAGUCACAGCAACAGCAAAAAGUAGAGAGAGAGAGAGAGGCGAGGAUGGGGGAGAAGGAGGCGAGCCUCGAUGCCGUGCUCAAGGAGGCGGUGGAUUUGGAGAACAUACCAUUGGAGGAGGUGUUUGAGAACCUACGAUGCAGCCCCGAGGGGCUCACCAGCGAACAAGCCGCGCAGAGGCUCGGCAUUUUUGGCCCCAACAAGCUCGAGGAGAAGAAGGAGAGCAAAUUCCUGAAAUUCUUAGGGUUCAUGUGGAACCCUCUAUCCUGGGUCAUGGAGGCCGCGGCGAUCAUGGCGAUCGCCCUCGCGAACGGAGGGGGGAAGCCCCCGGAUUGGCAAGAUUUUGUGGGCAUCAUCACCCUGCUUCUGAUCAACUCGACGAUCAGCUUCAUCGAAGAGAACAACGCCGGCAAUGCGGCCGCCGCCCUCAUGGCUCGGCUCGCCCCGAAAGCCAAGGUUCUUAGGGAUGGAAGAUGGAGUGAGGAGGAAGCAGCUAUCCUUGUCCCGGGAGACAUCAUCAGCAUCAAACUCGGGGAUAUCAUUCCAGCCGAUGCGCGUCUCCUUCAUGGAGAUCCGUUGAAGAUCGAUCAGUCUGCCCUCACCGGAGAGUCACUGCCGGUAACCAAAGGUCCCGGUGAUGGUGUGUAUUCCGGUUCAACGUGCAAGCAGGGUGAGAUCGAGGCGGUUGUUAUAGCGACCGGUGUUCACACAUUCUUCGGCAAGGCCGCACAUUUGGUCGACUCCACAAACCAAGUUGGUCAUUUCCAAAAGGUCUUGACAUCUAUUGGGAAUUUCUGUAUCUGUUCCAUUGCAGUAGGAAUGUUUGUGGAGAUUAUUGUUAUGUAUCCGAUUCAGCACAGAGCAUACCGCCCCGGAAUUGACAAUCUAUUGGUUCUUCUCAUUGGAGGGAUUCCCAUCGCCAUGCCCACUGUUCUAUCUGUCACAAUGGCAAUCGGAUCCCAUCGUUUGGCUCAACAGGGAGCUAUCACAAAGAGAAUGACUGCAAUUGAAGAGAUGGCUGGCAUGGAUGUUCUUUGCAGUGAUAAAACUGGAACGCUGACUUUGAAUAAGCUAACUGUGGACAAGAACCUUAUUGAGGUUUUUACAAAGGGAGUAACCCAGGACACAAUAAUUCUGAUGGCUGCUCGAGCUUCACGAACUGAAAAUCAAGAUGCUAUAGACACUGCCAUUGUUGGCAUGCUCGCUGACCCAAAAGAGGCACGUGCUGGUAUCCAAGAGGUUCAUUUUCUUCCUUUUAAUCCUACGGACAAAAGAACUGCUCUGACUUACCUUGAUAGUGAGGGAAAGAUGCAUCGGGUUAGCAAAGGUGCACCAGAACAGAUUCUCAAUCUUGCCCACAAUAAAUCUGAGAUAGAGCGCAGAGUACAUGCUGUGAUUGAUAAGUUUGCUGAGCGUGGACUUCGGUCGCUUGCUGUGGCGUAUCAGGAGGUUCCAGAAGGCAGAAAAGAGAGUUCGGGAGCUCCAUGGCAGUUCUUUGGCCUUUUGCCACUUUUUGAUCCUCCCCGACAUGAUAGUGCAGAAACAAUUAGAAGGGCUCUGAACCUUGGUGUGAAUGUCAAGAUGAUUACAGGUGAUCAGCUCGCCAUAGGAAAGGAAACCGGCCGUCGUCUGGGUAUGGGUACAAAUAUGUACCCAUCAUCUGCUUUGUUGGGCCAGAACAAGGAUGAGUCUAUAGCUGCUUUGCCGAUCGAUGAGCUAAUAGAGAAGGCUGAUGGUUUUGCUGGAGUAUUCCCUGAGCAUAAGUAUGAGAUUGUUAAACGCCUGCAAGCACGGAAGCAUAUUUGUGGAAUGACUGGUGAUGGAGUCAAUGAUGCUCCAGCCCUAAAGAAAGCUGAUAUUGGGAUAGCUGUCGCGGAUGCUACUGAUGCAGCUCGUAGUGCUUCUGAUAUCGUUCUUACAGAACCCGGUCUCAGUGUGAUCAUAAGUGCUGUGCUGACUAGUCGUGCAAUUUUUCAGCGUAUGAAGAACUACACCAUCUACGCAGUGUCAAUUACCAUCCGUAUAGUGCUUGGGUUUAUGUUGCUCGCGCUCAUAUGGAAGUUUGAUUUUCCACCAUUUAUGGUCCUGAUCAUCGCUAUCCUAAAUGACGGUACCAUAAUGACUAUAUCAAAGGACAGGGUGAAACCAUCCCCACUCCCAGAUAGUUGGAAGCUGGCUGAGAUAUUCGCAACUGGAAUUAUCCUCGGUGGUUACUUGGCCAUGAUGACUGUCAUUUUCUUCUGGGCGGCGUACAAAACUGAUUUCUUCCCGCGGGUAUUCAAGGUUGAAAGUCUCGAGAAAACAGCUCAGGAUGACUUCCAAAAGCUCGCAUCUGCAGUUUACCUUCAAGUUAGCACCAUCAGUCAAGCUCUCAUAUUCGUAACGCGGUCCCGCAGUUGGUCCUUUGUUGAGCGCCCCGGUUUGCUCCUCGUCACUGCUUUCUUCGUUGCUCAGCUGAUUGCUACAUUGAUUGCCGUGUAUGCUGACUGGGGAUUCGCUGCAAUCAAAGGGAUCGGAUGGGGUUGGGCCGGUGUCAUUUGGCUUUACAAUAUCAUUUUCUACUUCCCUCUCGAUAUAAUCAAAUUCUUAAUCCGAUAUGCGCUCAGCGGCAAAGCGUGGGAUCUUGUUAUUGAGCAAAGAAUUGCUUUUACGAGAAAGAAGGAUUUCGGUAAGGAAGCGAGAGAGCUCCAGUGGGCGCACGCCCAGAGAACGCUGCAUGGGCUUCAACCGCCGGACACCAAGAUGUUCAGCGAAAGGAGCAACGUCAACGAACUUAAUCAGAUCGCCGAAGAGGCCAAGAGACGAGCCGAAAUUGCGAGGCUAAGGGAACUGCAUACACUGAAAGGGCACGUGGAGUCCGUGGUGAGGCUGAAGGGCUUGGACAUCGAGACCAUCCAACAAGCCUACACCGUCUGAUCGAGCGCGCUAAUGUUAUCGCUAAUGUUAUCGAACGGCGGUGAGCAUUUUCAUUUAUUUUCGUUUUUCUUUUUUGUGUUUUUCUUUUUUUAACCUAUUGGUUCUGCUACUUAUUGUGUGAAACAAAUCAAAACAAGAGCUCGUAACUAGUUAGACCCAUGAUGCCUAUGGAUUUUUCUCCCCUUUUGUUAUUAUUAUUAUUAUUAUUAUUAUUAUUAUUAUUCCAAACUAUCUGAAUUAAUGUGAGUUGGAUGCUUCUUUCUUUUGCUC